UCAUUUCCAGGCGCGAACUUCCGCUACCGGGUGUGAAGCCCGGUCGAGGUUUCCCGAAAGAGGAUCCGUUCUUCUUCCUUUCCUUCCUUCCUUCUUCCCUCCUUCCUUCCUUUCCUUUUCCUUCCGCUUUGCUUUGUUGUUCUUGCCUCCUGGGAAGCCCGGCCCCAACUUCGUCGCUGCGAUGCGGCCCGACGUCGAGGCUGGCGCCGUAAACGUCUCCUCACGGCUUUGAAGACAGCAGAGGAAGACAGACAGACCUUCUGCGUAUUGGAGCAGUUUUCAAAAUACGCUCAUCCAUGGAAGAGGCACAAGAUCUAGCAGAACAGCCUAUGAAAAAAGCCAAGAUGCAGGAAUCGGGCGAGCAGCUGUUAAGGCAAGUAAACAGCACAGACAGUAGUGAUCAGAAACCUGAAUCCUCGAAUCCUGGUUCAAACUUGUCCAUGUCCAAUGAAAUUAUGCCAUGCACUGACUACAUCUCAAGAUCAUCAAAUGAAUAUACCUCACAGAUGUAUUCUACAAAGUCAUAUACACAUGUUCUUUCUGUACCCGUAUCUGAAACGAUGGCCUCAUAUUCUGGUCAGACCCAAUACCAAGCACUACAGCAAUCACAGACUUAUGCUGUGUAUCCUCAGACAACCCAAGCUUAUGGACUACCUCCUUUCGGUGCACUGUGGCCAGGUAUGAAACCCGAGAGUGGUUUAAUUCAGACUCCAUCUCCAAGUCAGCACAGUGUUCUCACCUGCACUACAGGGUUAACCACAAGCCAAUCCAGCCCAGCCCAUUAUUCUUAUCCCAUGCAAGCUCCAAGUACCAAUGCCAACUCGAUUGCCACCUCCUCGGCUCCAGUCAACAUUUCAGCAUCAGCAAUAACCAGCAUUUCUCAACAGGAGUAUCCUACAUAUACGAUUCUUGGUCAGAGUCAAUACCAGCCAUAUUACCCAAGUUCAGCCUUUGGCGUGAUAACACCAGCAGACAGCAGCACAGAGAGCGCCACAUUGACACCAACCACCUACCCUUCUGAAAAACCAAACGCCAUGGUGCCUACUCAGACAGCACAAAGACAUUCCUCUGGGGACCCAUCGUUUCCAAGAGCUACAGGAAGUAAGGACACAGAUGAACAGUACAGAAAAAAUGUGACUGGGAAAAAUAGAGGCAAGAGGAAAGCAGACCCUUCUUCACCCCAGGACAAUGAACUUGAACGAGUAUUUCUGUGGGACUUGGAUGAGACCAUCAUAAUAUUUCAUUCUCUUCUCACAGGAUCCUAUGCCCAGAAAUAUGGGAAGGAUCCAACUCUAGUUAUUGGCUCUGGAUUGACUAUGGAAGAAAUGAUUUUUGAAGUUGCUGACACACACUUAUUUUUCAAUGACUUAGAGGAGUGUGACCAGGUUCAUGUGGAAGAUGUCGCAUCAGAUGACAAUGGGCAAGAUUUAAGCAAUUACAAUUUUUCCACGGAUGGCUUCAGUGGCGCAGGAAGCAAUGCCAAUCAUAGUACAACAGGCGUCCAGGGUGGAGUGGAUUGGAUGAGGAAGUUGGCUUUCCGCUACCGGAAGGUGCGUGAGGUAUAUGACAAAUACAAAAGCAACGUAGCAGCCCUCCUGAGCCCAGAGAAGAAGGAAGCUUUACAGAGAUUGAGAGAAGACAUAGAAAUGUUAACAGACUCCUGGUUGGGGACAGCAUUAAAAUCCCUACUGCUCAUUCAGUCCAGAAAGAAUUGUGUGAAUGUUCUCAUAACAACCACUCAGCUGGUGCCAGCUCUGGCCAAAGUUCUGCUGUAUGGACUAGGUGAAGUGUUCCCCAUUGAAAAUAUUUAUAGUGCAACAAAAAUAGGCAAAGAGAGCUGUUUUGAAAGGAUUGUUUCUCGAUUUGGGAAGAAAGUCACAUAUGUGGUGAUUGGUGAUGGACGUGACGAAGAGAUGGCAGCCAAGCAGCACAACAUGCCAUUUUGGAGAAUUACGAACCAUGCUGAUCUGGUGUCCCUCCACCAGGCACUUGAACUGGACUUUCUGUGAAGAGCUGCGGGAAAGGCAGAUUGGCACAGCUCCCCAAUGGCCCACCUGAUCCUGCUUGUGGGACUUCCUUUUUUGAUCCAGACAAGAGAAUUGUACUGACAGUAUAUAGCAGAAGGCAUCACAUCGUACUCCCAGGAGAACUGCCGGAGAGCCUUGAUAAGUCAUUCAGGUGCUCCAAUGAUGUCCUCUGGGUUUUGGAGAAGGGGACUUUUUGAGACUCAACAUAGAAUCACAGGUGGAAUAAUCUCCAGCACGAAAGACCUCUCACUGUGCAGCCACUUAUGGAAUUAUUAUCAAAGUGGGGGGAGCCGUAAAUUUUUGUAGAGUAAUGUCACCUUUACAUCUCUCUCAAGCUUUCAAAGGAAAUGAAUUGGUGGGUUGUUUUGUUUUUUUCCAGAGCAGGAUACAGGAAAACCUUGCUUAUUUUUGCAAAGCCAUAAAAGGUUUUCCAAUUUUUAAGGAAAUGUGGCAAAAUCAGUCAGUAUAUGGGACACUGAAUAUACUCUGUUUUUGAUCUUUGACAAAAGGGGAUGGCUGUUUUGUGUGCCUUGUAAGACUUUUUCUCAAGCAAACAUCUGCUUCUCAUUUCACCAACUCCCUCAGUAUGUUGCAGAAGAGUAUUUCAAUGACUUGAGAAAGAAGAGUGUGUUGCCUAAUGGCAUCCUGAUUUUGUCCUUCUUUUCACUAGCAUGCUUGCAUAAGGAGAAAGAAAAGGCCCUCUCUUAAGGCACAGCAUACCAUAACAUUUUAGCCUGGAAUGGUUAGAGCUGGCCAUUUGGUCUAGGGAAAUGCUUUAUAUUAAGUUAGCAGACCCUGCCAUGAUUUGCUGACUUCCCAAGCAAUGUUUCAGUUGAUACAUCCAAUUUUUCUGUUACGUUCUAUAUUAUUUUCAGGCUUUUGUUGUGAAACAGGGUUUCAAACCUGUUUAUUGGACCCAGAAUAUCAUACUACUAUUCAGCAAGUGAAAAGAGACCGUUCAAAUUCCACUUUUUGCUAGACCAGUGUUUGGACCUGUCACUAUGGCAGGUUCAAACUCUGACCUUGCAGAAAGGGGAAGCAGGCAUUACUUUUCUCAUUUGCACAAUAUAGAUAGUAUGCUAAAAAGUAGGUAGGUGGUGGGAGAGUCCUAAUCUUCAAAGAACCCAUCUGAAGUUUCAGCUUGCCAUAUUCAUUUACAUAUUGGCUUGGACAUGAAGGAAUAAAAGAUAUCAGUCCCAGCUAAAACCUGUUAACUCUCAAAAAAGGGUACCAUGUGGUUUAGACCAUACUUGAAUUGCAACCCUCAGACUGGAAGUAACUUUUCCAUGUUCACAUAUAAAUACAUGCUGUGAUCCCCAGCCUCAUUUGCUCCUGAUUAUUUAGUUAUUUGUUUGUAAACACUUUGAAAAGGAGGAGUGGCAGUAUAGCAAUGUCUUUUUUCAUGGGGGUAUAGCAUGUGCUGGAGGCAUAGUUUCUGGACAGAGAUGUGCACCAAAUAGGGAAAGUUCUUGCCUUUUUCAUGUACAGAAAACCACAAAACGGCCUUGUUUCCUGACAUGUUCAGUUACCACCUCCUACAGGUUCACUGAAAGCACCUGAAACAGUCUGUUCUGCCACUCUCUUUCUCUGGAUUCUCCCUCGUUGCUACAUGCUGUGUUUGAUUUCAGAGUCAACUCUGUGCCUUAACUCCAUCCUAAGUCUUAGCCUGGAAAUGUCACAGGCUGUGGAGAGUGGUUGUCAUUCAAUCCAUGUUCAAAGUUGACUUUAAUAAUACAUUUAUUUCUGAAAAGUUUUCAGUAAGCAUAGCCAGUGGAGGUGGGAACUAGCAAGUGUUGUCCUGAACUUUAAUUAAAUAGAGAAAUUGUUUUGCAAAUCAAGACUUUAGAAACACCAUUGGCCCUAUUUGUGUAGGGUUUUUUUGCCUCAGAUAUCAAUAUUUAUAUGCUGUCUUUUCUGAUGUAUGUAAAUUUCAUUUUGCCUCAGAUCCUCAGGUGAUGGUACAUACUUUGUUUCCUGUUAACUUUAAUAAAGGAUGCCCUGGCUCUUUUA